UCUCACUCCUCUAUCAUCUUCACUUCGACCAACUUGUAAAAUGUCCGGCCUCAAUACAGGAGACGAGAAACUCGUUUUCGAGUCCUCAGAAGCCGUUUCUGUCGUGUCAACUUUUGAUGACCUUGGUUUGAAGGAGGACCUGUUGCGUGGCAUCUAUGCAUACAACUUUGAAAAGCCUUCGGCGAUCCAGCAACGUGCCAUCCUUCCUAUAACUCAAGGACGCGAUGUUAUUGCCCAGGCUCAGUCCGGAACGGGUAAAACAGCCACAUUUUCCAUCUCAAUACUCCAGUCCAUCGAUGUCACUGUCAGAGAAACGCAGGCACUCGUCCUGUCGCCCACAAGAGAACUUGCAACUCAAAUUCAGUCAGUGGUUCUUGCUUUGGGAGACUACAUGAACGUGCAGUGUCACGCUUGCAUUGGCGGUACCUCGAUUGGGGAAGAUAUUCGGAAACUAGAGUACGGUCAACAUGUAGUUUCUGGUACCCCGGGACGUGUUUUCGACAUGAUCAGAAGGCGAAGUCUUAGGACCCGUAACAUCAAAAUGCUGGUCCUUGAUGAAGCCGACGAACUGCUGAACAAGGGAUUCAAAGACCAGAUAUAUGAUGUUUACAGGUAUCUACCUCCUGCAACUCAAGUCGUCGUUCUCAGCGCGACCUUACCCUACGAUGUUCUGGAAAUGACGACAAAAUUCAUGACGGAUCCCAUCCGUAUUCUCGUUAAGCGUGACGAGUUGACGCUGGAAGGUAUCAAGCAGUUUUUCGUCGCCGUAGAGAAGGAGGACUGGAAAUUCGACACGCUUUGCGAUCUUUACGACACUUUGACGAUCACUCAAGCUGUGAUCUUCUGCAAUACAAGGCGGAAGGUGGACUGGUUGACCGAAAAGAUGAGAGCUUCAAAUUUCACCGUAUCCUCGAUGCAUGGUGAAAUGGUUCAAAAGGAGCGAGAUGCGAUCAUGGCCGAAUUCCGAGGAGGGACAUCUCGUGUCCUCAUUACAACCGAUGUUUGGGCUCGAGGUAUCGAUGUGCAACAAGUUUCGCUGGUCAUCAACUACGAUCUUCCAGCAAAUCGUGAAAACUAUAUCCAUAGGAUUGGUCGUUCCGGUCGUUUCGGACGGAAAGGUGUCGCUAUCAACUUUGUGACGGUCGAUGAUGUUCGAAUCCUACGGGAUAUCGAAAUGUAUUACAGUACCCAAAUUGAUGAAAUGCCAGUCAAUGCCGCGGAGCUGAUUUAACGCAUCGUUUUUCUGGUGCUUCUUUUCGAGUGUCUGCAUCGUUUUCGAUAUGGUUAUAUUAUGAAAUGUAGUGUAAACUCCCAGUCCACGCCACGUUAAUGCGACAUUCAUCUCUGACA